AUGAGCCAGCCAAACUCCAGAGCAGAGGGUGCCAUUCCCACUGUCAUUAAGAUUGAAGAUGGACAAGACUUACUCCAGGCUCUCCAGGACAGAGAAAAGAAGAAGAGGCUGGCAGAAAUGGAGAGACAUGUGAUGGAGGCCUUCGAAAAGGUGAAGCCGCGCAUGUGCAAACAGGCUGUGAAGGAAACACAAGCAUACUUAGACCAACGCGACUGGGUCAAGGAUUGCAAGAAUCCAAGCAACCAUCCGUUCUACUAUAGAAUCAAAGGAGGCUCCUGCAUCGACUCUCCAGGAAGCUUCUACUAUCCCAAUUUCCUUGUGAUGCAGGCAAUCUGGCCUGAGAACAGCACCGUGCACAGGAUUGCGGCAUCGUUUGCCAAGUACUGGAAGUGCGCUGACAUGGUGGAAGGGCCAGAGCACUAUCCCAUGCUCAACGACACAGCGCAGGAAAUGAGACUUUUUGGUGGAUUGCUGGAUAUGAGUUGGAAAGAAUGGAGACAACGAGAUUAUUGGUUUGCCAAAACUUGCGAACAACGAAUCGAAGAGGAAGAAGACUAUGGCACGGAAAACCCUGAAGAAUCCAAGGACACAAACAAUGAUACCCAGGCCGACAACAACGCUACACUCGACGAGCUGGAAAACGCAGCUGAAAGGCGCGUGAAGAGAAUGAUGGACAAACUCCAGAAAGCAACGGAUGAUCUGCGCCGGGUCCAGAAGCGCAAAAGGGACACCUACAAAGCUGAGGCUGAGAUGCGGAUCAAGACCUCAGAAGCACUGAAGAACAAAGCUGCCAGGGACACUCGACAAGCCAAUGACGAAAAGCAAAAGGCUGAAUGGAAUACCAUGAUGGCGAAUAAGUAUUCCAGCAAACUUGGAGUAUCUACCACAGCUACCGCCGCUUCUUCCUCUGGUGAGCGGCGUCCUGGUGAUGGACAUCUUGACAAGCGACAGCGGACAACAUCGGAGGGAAACAAACCACUUCUAGCGAAGAAUAGACUAAAGUGGUGA